AUGCAAACAGAUCGCCCCACCACGUCAGCGCGAACCACAAACCAAACAAGCUCCGCCGAUCCCUCGGUCCCUCAAGCUUUGGUUCCUCCUUUUCCCCAGAUUCCUUCAAGUUCCCCAUUCCAGUUCUCCGUUAGCAGUGCUAUUCUCAAUUCCCUGACCAAGAUGCCCCUAAUCCAACUCCAACCUCACCCCUUUACAAUUCUCCCCUCCCACCCAUCCCUUCCCCCAGGGCCUCCACGCCCAGAAGCAAGACAUGUCGCCAGCACCGCUCUCCAAGAAGCUCUUGAGCUGCUAGAUUCAGACCUUCCAACCUGGGAAAAGGACCCCAAAACGCGCCACUCACCCCCAGCAUACGCAGACAUCUGUCUCUCUCGAAAAUGGCGCAAAUAUGAACAAAUGCCAGAAAAUUCUCCAUCCAACUUGAAGCGAAAGCCUGAAUUCUGGGUCUGCCGUCAAAGCGAGCACCCGGACGCAGCCGUCGCUGGUAGCGCGCCGUGGACUGAAUUCGAAGAUGGACUGCGGUCGGAGCAUGCUGAGCACGAAAUGGAAUAUACGCCCAGUGUUACUGGUGUCGAGCGAUUACUUCAAUGGACGGAGCAGGAGGUUGGGGAGUUGGAUAUGAAUGGGGUUACGUUUAAGGAUGUGGAUCUUGAGGUCAAUUUAAUAACUCACACAUUCCACCCAACAGCCCUUAUUUCCCCACGCUCCUUCAUCUCAUUCACCAUCUCCGCCACAUACGACGCACACAGCAACGAACCCUCUCACCCAUCAAAAGGUUUCAUAACUGUUCAAAUACCCCUUUACCCAGACCCAUCAACCACGCCAACAGCAAUCCACGAAAAGAUCAAAUCGGUCGUACCGAAGCGCACAAUCUUCGCCAACUAUGCCAGUGUCGAGCGUGUUGCGAAGAAGAAUCGUCCUCCGGAGUCUUCUUCGUCGCAGCAGCAGCAGCAGCAGCAACACGCGGAACGCGAGCGCCACGUCUAUCCCCCGCUUAUCCAGUGGACUAUGGCGACUACCUCUGAUGCUGGCGGGUUGAUUCCGCAGUGGGUGCAGAGGAAUUGGACUCUUGGUGGUGUUCCUCGGGCGAUUGUUGCGGAUGUGGGUUUGUUUCUUGAUUGGACUACGAAACGGCGAGCACUGGCGUAG